GUUCAUAUCCAAUCCAUCACCCCUGUCCUGUCCAAUCCAUCACCCCCGUCCUGUCCAAUAAAAACAAAUCAUCACCAAAAAAGAAAACAAAAAACCAAAAGGAACGGUCAUCCCAUGUUCAACCGCAUUCUACUCGGCAAAAAGCUUCCGAAGUACUCUGAUGAAGCGUUCUACCCCUCACAAACAGCACCAAAAAAGGCGGUAAUAGGUAAACACGAUAACAGUGCCAUAUUCUGUGAAUACAUGUGCAACAAUGAUGCGCGGUUGAGUGUUAAGAGCCUGAGGCAGAUGAGCAACGAAUGGCGGUUCGGUGUGUAUGUGAAGGCGUUGGGAGUGAGCGGAAGUGUUUUGUGCUACGGGGUGGUGAGGGCGUAUGAUCGAAUGGUGGUGGGAUGGUUGGUUGAUGAGUGUAGGGGUAGGGUGAGUGUGGAUAGGGAGGGUGUGGUUGAGAAGGACGUGUUUAAGAUUUAUAAGUGUGUGAUGGAGGAGUAUUAUAGUAGAUAUGGUGAAAAGGGGGGUGAUGAUGAGAAGAGUGGAGAGAAGAGUGGAGAGAAGAGUGGAGAGAAGAGUGGAGGGAAGAGUGGAGAGAAGAGUGGAGAGAAGAGUGGAGGGAAGAGUGGAGAGAAGAGUGGAGGGAAGAGUGGGGAGAAGAGUGGAGGGAAGAGUGGAGGGAAGAGUGGAGAGAAGAGUGGAGAGAAGAGUGGAGAGAAGAGUGGAGAGAAGAGUGGAGAGAAGAAUAGCAAAACUACUGAGAAAGCAAGCGGUCGAACGAAUAGCAAAACUACUGAGAAAGCAAAGGGUAGAACAAAGGAAAAAGCAAGCGAUGAAGAUCAGUACAACGCUCUCGUAAAAAAUGCAAAAGAUGACAAUCACUACAACAGUGAUGAUGCACUGGCCCUGCUUCCCAGCACAUUAUUCCACAAGCCACUAAUCAUUCUCAUAACAAAGGUGCUUGAUCUACCCCACAGCACACCAUCCCUCACCCUAUCUAUCAUAAGUUGCAUAGUUCUCGAUCUUAAGCUGCUAUUGUACCAGCACCAGAAAUACAUCACAAAGGAGAAUUACAACGUAUUCAUCAGAGAGUUGAUCUACACAGACGAUGCACUGUUUACAUACCUAGACGUUCUCAUCACACACAAAAUGAAUAGCAGCACAUUGAGCAACGUUGUAGCACGUGAGGGAAUGGACAUGAUCAGGUACGUAAGGUACCACCUGCUUGACAAGGAGAUAAACACCGAGGUGGUUGAUGUUAAUGAGAAGGUGAGUGUAAGGGAAGAGUACUUUGAUUUUCUGGUGGUUGAGAAUCAGAUGAUAGAGGCACAGGUGCACAUGAGAAAUACGUUUUUAGAGGAGAUCGGAGGACUGAGAGGGGAAAAUGAAAGGCUGAAGAGAGAACUUGAAAGGAUGAAGAGCGGAGAAAAUAAUUGAUGAAGAAUUAUCAUCUGGUAUGGCAGGGCGUUGCAGUCGGGAUAUUAUUUCUGUGUUCAUGUCUUGUGAUAGGACUUGUGUUAACAGUCUAAGCCACAGGAACAGAUCUAAUCGAACGGAAAUAGUGCAGGUCAAAGUAUGAAGGGCAGAAUACUAAUCAUUCCACGGACGCAUACCUAAACAACAGUGCUGAGAUAAACCGCUCAUUGAUCAGUUGAACGAUCACCAUCCCAGUGCGAGAUCAGAAUGUGAUUAUAACAGAGGUGCAUAGCACCUGUUGUUGAUCGUGGAAGCGAAGUAAUUUUGUAAUUCGUACACAUGGUGGUGGUUGGUAUUGAUCGUUUCAUGCGUUGCGAUGUUUAUAUAGAUGAUGAUGCAUAAAUGAACCUUAAAUAGGAGUGUAUUUAAGAAUAAAAAUAAGAUUUAACGUUGUAUUUAAGCAUCAAUGUAUAAAUAAUAAUACGUAGCAUAGAUUAAUAGCUCACAGCAAGAUGCGCUUAAACGACUACUACGUACCAACCUUGAG